UUCAUUGAUGAACAGCUGGGUGGAGUAAUUCAGUCAGUCACUCAUUCGUUCAGUUAAUAACAGAGAGGGGCCGAUUACACGUAUGGCGAAAGAUUUUAUUACCUCUAAUUACUUACUGUAGGGAAAGAAAGUGCUUUCUUGAGAGUUACAAACCGGUUUGUGUAAUAAUUCAUCAUGUCCGAGACGCGAAAAAACCACCUCUCCAUAGAUGGAGGGCAGGUAAAAGGGGACGACAACGUUGCAACUUACAAGCCCAUACCAGAUGCUGAUUCAGAGUACCUGCCUCCGAAGACUGUCAGCAAGUCUAAGGAGAAGAUCUCCGACGAGGCGGAGGAGAAGCUUCUGGAUAAGGAGGAGGAGGCCAAGAUCGUGACGCGAGUCGACAUGGCCGACGCCAAGUACGUGGUCGGUGACCAUAGGAACGGAGACGCCAAGAUUGAGCUCGACGCCAAUAAAAGGCAAUUCUCCGGGCUGACCAAGGAGGAGCUGCUCAAGUACGCAGACGACCCGUUCUGGGUGCGCCUGCGUUGGUGUAUGUUCGCGCUGUUUUGGGCGCUGUGGCUUUGUAUGCUGGCGGGCGCGAUCGCCAUCAUCGUGCGUGCUCCUAAGUGCGCCGCCCCUGCGCCCAAGACCUGGUAUGAAAAGGGCCCGUUAGUGGACGCUAACGGCAUCGGCUUCGAAGAGCUGGAAACCUACCUGCCCCUGCUGAAAUCCUCCAAGGCGGCGGCCGUGUUUGCCGACCCCGGGCCCACUUAUGAUGUGCUGGACAGUUCUGACCUGCAAGAGCGGUUCAAGAAGUUCGUCGCUAAGGCCAAGGAGAAUGGAGUCAAGGUGAUAGUAGACCUGACGCCCAACUACGUGUCGGUCUCGCACGACUGGUUCCAGCAAAGCGUCAAUCGCACGCCGCCCUACGACGCCUACUUCACCUGGACCAAGCCCAAGGAGUAUGUCGAGGGAAGCGACCCCGUGCCUGUUAACUCAUGGGUGUCAACUCAAAACACGUCAGCAUGGGAGUGGAACGAAGACCGCAAGGAGUUCUACCUGCAUCAGUAUGAGAGCUCGCAGGCUGACCUUAACUUCCAUAACCCGGCUGUCGUGCAGGAGUUUGACAGAGUCCUGAAGACUUGGAUGCAGACGGGAGCGGCUGGCGUCAGGCUCCAUAAAGUCCGCUUAGCGCUAGUGGACCCCGCCUUCCCGCCGGAGUCGGCCGAGUCGCCGGCCCCCAGAGCGGGCGACGCCGACCACACUAGCUACCCCUAUUGGCGCCACACUCACACCAGCGACCAGCCUGGGCUGGACAACUUAUUGACAUGCUGGGCCAAGGUCGUGGAUGAUAACGGCCCUGCGCCUGGAGCAGGCGAGACAGUGUUCACUCUAGCAGAGCCGACGCGUCCAGAACUAUUCCAGAAGGCGAAGAACGUGACGCUACGGCCUCUCUCGGCUGCGCCGCUGUCUCUGUCCGCCGCCGCCAAUGUCAGCGCCUUCGUCGGCGAACUGCAGGAGAAGCUCAAGCACUGGCCCGCUAUCAAGCUGACGGGCGAGGAGGCCGAAGAAGUGGAGCUGGCGGAGCUGGCGCUGCUGCUGCCCGCCGCGCCCGUGCUCGCGCUGCCGCAGCUGGCCAGCGACGGGAACGACACCAGCGAGAACGAGAAGCUAUCGCACUUGGUGUCGCUGCGCAACGACGCGAGCGUGGAGCACGGCGACUCCGAGCUGGCCGCGCUACGAGCCGUCGACUCCACGCAGCUUCUGCUCGCCUGCGCCAGAUGGAAGCAAGGUCACACGGGCUACGUAGCGGUACACAACCCGGGCGGCUCCCUCGAGCGCGCCAACCUCACGCUAUCCUCCGUGCCGGCCGCGCUCUCCGUGCACCACGUGUCGCGGGCCGUGCGCGACCACACCAACUACACGAGCAACAUGCAAGUCCACCGGGACAACGUGUUGGUCCCGGGACAUUCCACCGUGGUACUCUCCUACGUCCCGCUGACCACCACGAAACAGUAGAACUACCCUCGCUUUACGAGCCGGGACAACUACCCUCGUUUAUGCCUCGCCUGGCCAAUAUACUCGGCCUAUGUGACGUGAUGCUUUUCGUUGCAUUUCUUUUUUUACCGAACAAGUUAUAAAGUAGCAAUAUACUUUGAAGCAUGAUA